ACUAAGUUGUCACGUAUCAUACAUAACAUAUCAUUUGCAUAGAGUGUUGAUUAAAAGGAAGCAAUCAUAUAACCAUGUUUUGGAGUGUGGAUCUGUUAGGGUCUGCAGUGGCUGCAGGUUUUGUGGUGGUGUUCCUGAGAUUGUUGAAUUGGGCGUGGCUGCGGCCGCGGCGGCUCGAUCGCGCCUUACGGGCUCAGGGCCUCCGGGGCACGACGUACCGGUUUGUCUAUGGCGACGCCGCCCGCAUGGAGCAGCUCCGCAAAGAGCGCGAGGCGAAGCCCCUCCCGGAUCUAACCCACGAUAUAAUCCCGCGCAUCGCGCCGCUGUUUCAAGAAGCCAUGAGGGAACAUGGUAAAAUAUCAUUCAUUUGGCUUGGACCCCACCCAGCUGUGACCAUAAUGGACCCAGGUUUGGUCAAGGAGGUUUUAUCAACCAAGUUUGGAGACUUCCAGAAACUCAAACCUGACUCACUAUCAAGGGCUGUGGUCACAGGGCUUUUACUUCAUGAAGGUGAGAAAUGGGCCAACCACAGGAGAAUCAUCAAACCUGCUUUCCACUUGGACAAACUAAAGUGCAUGUUACCGGCAUUUUCUGAGUGUUGCAACGAAUUGAUCGAGAGGUGGGAGAAGCUUUUUGCUGCCGGAGGUGGUGGUGGCAGCGACGGUGAAGUGUCGCCGCAUAAGGAGGUGGACGUGUGGCCAGAAUUUCAAAGCUUCACGGGCGACUCCAUCUCCCGGACGGCGUUCGGAAGCAGCUUUAAGGAAGGGCGGCGCAUCUUCCAUCUCCAGAACGAGCUGGGCGAGAUCAUCGUCGAAGUGGCGCGACGUGUACUUCUUCCCGGAUACAGGUACCUGCUCACAAAAACGAACAAGCGAAUCGACAAAAUACUUGCAGAGAUUGAUGUGCUGAUGAGGGGAAUGAUUGAGCAAAGAGAGGAGGCCAUCAGAAAAGGAGGGUCCAGGAACACUGACUUGCUGGCCUUACUACUGGAGUCGAAUUUGAAGGAGAGUGCAGAGCAGGGAGGAUCCGAAACCGCGAUGACGACGGAGGACGUGAUCGGGGAAUGCCGGCUGUUCUACCUCGCCGGGCAGGAGACAAUGACGGUCCUUCUGACGUGGACGAUGGUCGCGCUGAGCAUGCACCCGGUCUGGCAGGCGCGGGCCAGGGAGGAGGUGUUACGAGCGUUCGGCAAGAGUAAGCCCGACUACAACGGCUUAAGUCGGCUCAAGAUUGUGACGAUGGUUAUAUACGAAGUCCUUCGCCUCUAUCCUCCCGCAACUAUGAUCUCGCGGGAAACAUACAAGGAGAUGAAGCUCGGAGAUGUCACAUACCCGCCAGGCGUAGAACUCGUUCUGCCCAUAGUGUUCAUCCACCGCGAUCCCGAAUUCUGGGGCCCCGACGCCGGGGAAUUCAACCCCGAGAGGUUUGCAGAGGGAAUAUCCCAAGCGUCGAGGGUUCCGGGCGCCUUCAUCCCCUUCAGCGGCGGCCCGCGGGUGUGCGUCGGCCAAAGCUUCGCCUUGCUGGAAGCGAAGCUGUGCCUCGCGAGGAUUCUGCAGCAUUUCUCGUUCGAGCUUUCGCCUUCGUAUGCUCAUGCUCCUUACAAUGCCCUAACUCUCCAUCCCCAGUUUGGUGCUCCAAUCAUCAUGCAUAGGUUAUAGAAUGAUCGUUUAAAUGUUAUGCGUAAGAGGAUGUCUGAGGAAUAUUAUGUUCCCAGUUAUUAUAUUUAUUGUAUGUACCUCUCCUGUAAUAAAAUAAAUUGGCUUUUGAUUAAUAAUGAGAUGGGGAGAUGGUUUUAGUUUUCA